AUACAUAAGUGCACCCGAUGCGAAUUUCGCCCCGCAUCAACGACGGGAUCAACACGAACACCUGAGAAUGGCUACCAAAAAUCAUUGGCUUGAAGUACGAUCCCGCAAUCCCGGUCUAGAGGGCCCAUACAUCCAAGAGUACCAUAAGGCGUAUCGAUCAAUAGAUCAACAUGGGUCGUCAAAACUAGAUGUUGUGUUGGCUGUUGGCGGAGCCACUAGCGAGCGGUACUUUGAACUACAACCUUGUCUGACGAGACAAACCGCUAGCUUGUGCCACACAACGGCAACCAACGCAAGCCGGCCUAGAAUUCUCCUUAAUUGUCAGUUGCCACUUCGCUGUGAGCUGUCUCGCAUCCCGGACGCCAUCGAUCACGGGCAUCACUCCCUCCACCAUUUGAAGGGAGUCUUUCCUCACGCGCCUCAAAUAUCUACGAGCCUCUAUAUUGAAGUGUUAGCACCUUUGAGCUCUGUUGUGCUCCUCUUCGUCGCUGACUUCGGUCCUAUUUCGAGGAUUGUUGACUUCUUGUGGGCCUGGCUCAGAUCAGCAAUGCUCAAACCACCUCCCUUCUGUCCUGAGAUCAUCCUGGUAGCUGAACGUGAUAGCCAACUAGAUUUGAACGCUAUCUUUUCGCGGCUUAUUUCUUCCGGCCUCAGCAAUCUUCGCGUCAGUGAUCCUAACCAUGCCUAUUCCGAAGGGGACAUCGAAAAGAUUAGGGAUGCAUUCCUCCACCUCAAUAUUGUACCUGAACACAGCCUGAAAAAAUAUCUACCCACUGCACUGCAGCGCACUUAUUCACGGCGUUGCGCGUUGGGCCUAGAUUUCUCGGCAAUUCAUUGGAAAGCGCUUACGAGAGCCGCAUUGAAUCUAUAUGCUGAGCAACCAACCGUCGCAAUCAAUUUCCCCCGCCUUGCGCGACUAGGCAAACCGGUUCCGCACGAUCUAAAGACCCAUAUCACAGAGUUCAUUCAAUCUGCCAAGAGCGAUAAAAUUGAUCACGCAAAAUUUAUAGCAUCUGCUCUCGUCCUAGAUGCCUUUCCGCCCGGCAUGCACAAUUUCUUACCAGAACACAUAUUUGACACCAUCUAUAAGCCCAUCAUGAAAGAUGUGAAGGUGGAUUAUCUCAUGCGGAAGAUCGAAUCGGAAUUUGUCGCCAUGGCUAGGCAGAGUGCAAAGUCUGGCAUACCGUCUUCCCGGUUACAUCUAGAUACGAUCAGAGAGUUUCAGGACUAUUGGCUUACCAGAUCUAACAAAGCAUUCUGCACGAUAUGCAUAGCACGCCCUUCGCGAUACAAACUCACCUGCGAUCAUCAGAUUUGUGACGUUUGUGCGGUUAUUUUCCAAAUGGAUGCCACCGAGCUCGCCAUCGAGAUCCCAAGAUGCCCACUAUGCUUGAAACCAAAUCAACUUACAUUUUAUCCGGUGCCAGCCACAGCUAGUAGAAGAACACUGAGUAUCAGCGGUAGCUCAACUCAAAACAUUGUUCGAUAUCUCAAAGACCUUCAAGUCUUGCUUGGACUGACUGCUUGGCCCCUAAGAAACCAGUUCGACGAGGUGAUUGCUUCAGAUCAUGGUAUGGAAUGCUCCCUCGGAGAGAGAAUUUUCACUAAUGUAGCAGCGAUGUUUUUUGCUCUGACACUGUUCCUCGAAAAGUGGAGUCUUUCGGAAUGUAAGUAUCAUUUGAAGGCACUCAGACGACCAAGCUUUCGGCGGGGGAGUAUUCUUCGUUUCGGUCAAGGUCUCGAGUGGUGUUUGUGCGACAUACAUUCCGACACCCAGACUCUUAUUGUCCUGGAGGGGCGGCGGACGAUGUUCUCAAGAUUCCCUCAAAGUACCCCCAAAGAGUUUCAGCCAUUCGUCAAAACUCGACAGCAAGGAGACACAGAUCGACAAUGCGAUCUCCUGAUCGAGUACAAUGGAACAACGUAUAGCCCCAGACUACUUGAGUCGGUUUCGAUGCAACUAAUUUGCAACUUGUUUUAUGUCGAAGCCAUGAACGCGGCUUCAUUUUACACAUCACCGGAGGAGCAGCAGUUCUUAGUAAAAUGCCGGUUGCCUCCAGGACCUGGUCUUCUUGAUCUUCUUGAGAAGCUUCAAACGAAUCAAACCUACCUUAUGUACAAUCGAAGCCAAGACGAGAUGGCGAGAACUCCGUUGGUCACUCGUGAAGUAAUGUCGGGUUGCAGGGAACUCCAAGGGUUCUGUCGGAAAAUUCACAUGUCUUUGUGGUCACUUGAUUCUAUGAUCGAUAUUCAGAUAGGAGCGAUGGACAAGGCCAGUCAGAACAUUGGUAGAUGUCCCUACAAGUUUCGAGAUUUGAUCCGUCAUCAAAAAUUAGAAUGUUAUUUUGGGACGGAGGAUCACCGAGUCGAACAAUCGCUGGCCAUCGUAAAAAAGGACUGGAAUGAGAUUGAUGUCAAAUUUGAGGAACUAUACGAAACACUAGAUCAGAUACGGUAAUAAUCAUUGAUUCCAAACAAAGUUUCUCCCAAAAAC